GCAAUCUGAUAGACGCAGCGAAGACGCAUUUGUAAAAAAUAAAAUCAAACGUGGCAUUAAUAAUAUCACACAAAAUCACGAGAACAAAUUGAAAUGGCUGACACAGACCCAACAUGUUUGGCAUCCCUUACUUACUAUUGCCAGGAGAAAUACUACCGACAUGUAAUAAAGAUUGCAAGUGAAUUUCUGAAAAAGUACAUCAAUGACCCUGUUCUGCUGUUUUUUAAAGCCUAUGGAAUAUUAAUGGAAGGUCGUACCCAAGAAGCCAUUAGAGAGUUGAAUCAAGUAAAGGACAAAACAGAUGUGUCCCUUUGUUCCACUAUGGCCCUCAUUUAUGCUCACAAACAAAGUGAAACUGUCGACCGAGAUGCCGUUGUGGAACUAGAGAGUGAAUUGAAAAUAAACAGAAAGACUGCUAGAGAGAAGCCUCUGUACUAUGCUGGGAUGUUUCUGUGGCUGUUGGGGCGCAGUGACAAAGCCAAGGAGUAUAUAGACAGGAUGCUGAAAAUUGCAGACUCAUCAAGAGAGGGUCUUGUUCUUAAAGGAUGGAUAGAACUGAACUCUGACAAGGAGUUUAACAGAAACAAAUCCAUCAGAUAUUUUGAUGACGGAGUACAAGACUCGAAAGAUGUGAUAGGCUUGAUGGGAAAGGUUAAGUAUUUCAUGAAAAGACAGAAUUAUUCUGGAGCCCAUGAAAUUGUGAACCAGAUUGUUGUCUCACACCCCAGUUUUCUGCCAUCACUGAUCUUAAAGAUGAAGCUGUUUCUAGCACAACAGGAUUGGGACCAGACGCUUGAAACAGCCCAGAGAAUUCUUCAGAAAGACAGGACUAAUGUGGAUGCUCUCCAGGCUCUGGUGGUUCACAGCCUUGCAAAGGAUGGCAACCUAGCUAAGGCUGCUGAUUCUGUACGAGAGCUGAUUAGUGCACUUGAGACUGCUGAGCCUGGCAAUGCAAGUCUUCACCUGCACAUCAUAACUCCUAUUAGCAGGCUGUGUGGAAAGAACCAAGCAAUGCAGUCCCAGAUUUAUGGGUUAGCUCAGCGUGCAUUCCUGAUGGCUCCCGCUGAUGCAGACAUUGCAACUGAGGUGGGCUACCUGCUCACCCUGCAGGGCAACGUCCGAGAAGCUGCAAAAUGGUACUCAAAUGCAGUGAACCUGGAUGGAAAUAGUUUACCUGCUCUAGCAGGCAUAAUUCGAUGCCAGCUCUUGGAAGGACAGCUGCUGGAGGCAGAGCAACAGCUGGAAUUCCUCAGGGAAGUUCAGCAAUCCAUUGGGAAGUCAAGGGAAGUGGUGUACCUUCAGGCAGUACUGGCUUCCAAGCAGGGCCAGGAUCAGGAGGCAGUGAGCAGCCUGCUGAAGGAAGCUCUGGAGCUGCACUUCUCUGCCCUGGAAGGGCUUCCAUUGGGAGGGGAGUACUUAGAGAAACUGAACCCUGCCUUCCUGCUCGAGGUAGUGAGAGCAUAUUUAGACUUCUAUCCAAACAAGCCUUGGAUUCCUGGCCAGCCCUUGCCCUUUGUGCUGAAGCACUCAGCUAUGAUCCUAGACCCAGUGGUUAAAGCUGCCCCUGCUCUGCUGGAAGCUGUCUAUCUUUUGGCCAAAGUUAAAUAUCUCUCAGGUGAUUUCGAAGCAGCCCAGAGCUGUUUACAGCGCUGCCUGGAGCUCGACGGCACCUUUGCAGAGGCACACCUUCUAAUGGCUCAGGUAUACCUCUCCACGGGGGAUUUCAAACAGUGUUCCCACUCUCUGGAGAUGGCUGUCAGCUACGACUUCAAGGUUAGAGAACUACCUGUUUACCACUUCUUCAGAGCCCAAGCACUUAAGAAGACAGGCAGUCUUCCAGAAGCCAUCAAAACCCUGCAGAUGAUCCUGAGUCUGCCGGGGAUGAGGAGAGCUGGAGCUGGGAAAGCAGCGGAGGCCCCCAGCAGCUCUAGCGACCGUGUUUCUGUGUACCUGGAGCUGGCAGAGGCUCUGUGGCUAAACGGGGAGCAGCAUGAAGCUACCAAGAUAAUGCAAGAUGCCAUUGUUGAGUUUACUGGAACUCCUGAUGAGAUGCGUGUAACUCUUGCUAACGUCGAUUUAGCCCUGAACAAAGGAGACACUGAGACUGCUUUGAGUGUGCUCAGAAACAUCACACCCACUCAUCCAUACUACACUGAGGCUAAAGAGAAAAUGGCUGACAUUUACCUGCAUAAACGGAAUGACAAGAGACUCUACAUUGGAUGCUAUAGAGAAUUAUGGGACCGGGUGCCAGGUGCACAUUCAAGUCUUUUACUGGGGGAUGCUUAUAUGAAAAUCCAGGAGCCUGAAAAAGCCAUUGAGAUGUAUGAAGAGGCACUAAAGAAGAACACAAGAGAUGCGGUCCUGGCAAGCAGGACAGGCCAGGCUUUAGUUAAAACCCACCAAUAUAAUAAGGCUAUUCAUUACUAUGAAGCAGCGUUAAAGAUCAAAGGGCAGGAUUUCCUGUAUCAUGACUUGGCAGAGCUGUUCCUGAAACUCAGGCAAUACGAUCAAGCCAAGAAACUUCUCCAACAGGUUUUGCAGCAUGACUACGCAAACGAUUUGACUUUGAUGAUGAAUGGCGUCAAGUAUUUAAUUCUUCUGGCAAAGGCGUACACUCAGUCCAGAGACCUGAAAGAGGCUGUAGAAACAUUAAUCAAGGCCUAUGAUGUUCAGUCCCGAGUACUGAGACGGCUCUCAGUAGAUCAGCCCGAGAGGAUGCCCUCCCAGAGAAAAGUGGCUUCUUUAAUAUGUUCCCAGAUAGCCCAGCAGGAACUGGCUUUGAAGGAAUAUGAAAUGGCUAUCAAAUAUUACAAGGAGGCUCUGACGUACUCUGAAGAUGACAGCAAAAUAAUGCUGGAGUUGGCUAAUCUAUACCUGGAGCAAGGAGAUGUGGAUUCUUGCCAGCACCAAUGUGCAAUGCUGCUCAAGAACGAAGAUGACAAUGAAGAUGCUGCUAUGAUGAUGGCAGACCUCAUGUUCAGAAGACAAGACUAUGAAAAAGCAAUACUUCAUUACAGACAGCUGAUGGGACGAGCAUCAGGUAACUUUUUAGUCCUGGCCAAGCUAAUUGAUUUACUGAGGAGAACUGGUAAACUUGAUGAUGCACCAGCGUUUCUGGAAAUGGCAGAAAAGACAUCUACCAGGUCUACCCUUGAACCAGGCUACAAUUACUGCUUAGGGCUAUAUUUGUGGUAUAUGGGACAACCAAAUGAGGCACUGAGGCAUUUGAAUAAGGCCCGUAAAGACACCGAGUGGGGACAAGAUGCUGUGUACAAAAUGAUCCAGAUAUGCCUGAAUCCAGACAAUGAGACCGUAGGAGGAGAAGUGUUUGUAAGCAUUGACGAGGAAACCAGCAACAGCAACGAUCUCUUGAAAGAAAGACAAGAAUCAGAGGAGAUGGCAGUGAGGACAGCACUGAACUUACUGAAGGAGUAUCACCCUCGCACGCUGCAGGGAGAGAAGCAAGUGCUUCUGCUUCAGAACUGCUGCUUGAUGGCUACCAAAGACAAGAUCAAUGUUGAAAAGGCUCUCGUUGCAUUCACUGAAAUGGCUUCAUCUGAGAAGGAGCAUGUGUCGUCCCUCCUGGCUAUGGCACAAGCCUUCAUGAUCCUGAAGCAGACUCCCAGGGCCAGAAACCAGCUGAAGAGAAUCACAAAAGUGUCCUGGAAUGCAGCCGAGGCUGAAGACCUGGAAAAGUGCUGGUUGCUGCUGGCUGACAUUUAUAUACAGUCUGGCAAAUAUGACAUAGCAACGGACUUACUGAAACGAUGCCUACUGUACAACAAGUCUUGCUGUAAAGCAUUUGAAUACCUGGGCUUCAUUAUGGAGAAGGAGCAGUCUUAUAAGGACGCUGCAAGUCACUAUGAAAUGGCCUGGAAAUACAGCAACAGGGCAAACCCAGCUAUAGGUUACAAGCUUGCUUUUAAUUAUCUGAAGGAUAAGAAAUACACAGAGGCAAUACAUGUCUGUCACAAGGUUUUGACUGACCACCCUGAUUACCCAAAAAUUCGAAAAGAUAUCCUGGAAAAGGCCCAGUUCUCUCUUAGGCCAUGAGAGAAGGAUGCAUGUAUAUUGCCAACAUAAUAAAAAUAUUUGGGACAGAAUCAUUUCUCGACUUAUUUUAAAAUGUCUUUAUUAAAUAUGUUGUUGUGUAACAAUGGGAUAACAUUGUGUGUAAUAAACAUCUAGCGCUUUGCUGCCCAGUGUCCAGUCUAUCUGACAUUGAGACAAUAGUCAUUGAAUAGGAAUGGGAACAUACCCAGGGCUGUGAAGGGUUAGGGUUACAAUCAAACCAAAACGAUUAGCAGUAUUCCAUGUUGUAAAAGAGCAAUGUUAAAUUCUUAUUCUGCAGCUGCUUCACUAUGCAGUUUGAUAUAUGAUGGAUAUAGCAGCGCGAUUUAGCCCAUAUUGCCAUGUUGCGUUGGUCUGUUUAACACUAUUGUGCACCAAACUAUUGAUAUUAUUA